UCCAAACACUUUCAUCAAUCACAUCCUGGGAUUCACAAUCCUUCUUCCAAUUCCUACCAGAUCACCUAUCCCAGCACAAUUCUCACUCAAACAUUCAUCAACCACAACCUCAUACACCUCUCCCAGAAACCACUCCGUCCUUCACAUUCCCAUCAUUUCCCAAACACAAUCCACACAUCCACACCAUUCUUCAUCUCUGACUGCAAGCAUACAUGGUGGAAGCUGUGAGGAACUCUUCAACAACAUAAUUCGUUCUUCACGGGUUUUUUCUUACCUUCUCCAUGUUUUUAUUAUGAUUCAAAUGUAUCACUAUAAGAAAAAAAAAAAAAAAAAAAAAAAAAAAAAAAAAAAAAGGGCUACACCCAACAAGACUUAAUAUUACUUUUGCAGCAAAGCUAGCUCUUGGGACGCAGGGCAAUUUGAACCAGUGUAUGAUGUGAGCAUUUUGAAGGUUUUCAACCCCUUUGUCUUUCAACCAAACCAAAUCCAUAGCAUGAUCUUGUCAUUUUGGAUUUUGUAAUCCGAAGUUUGUCAUCUGCUUCUUGGUAAGCCAAUAGUAAAGUUUUAGUUUUGGCUUAUGGACUAUGUUUCCAUGGGUAUCUUUGAAGUUUGAGGAUCAAAACAAAAAGUUGGCUUAUUUGGUGGCAGCGUUUGUUUCUUGGGUGAGUUGGAGUGCAAUUGAGACAAUGUUGUUGGACCAGCAUGGUUGUCGCACAUGAUGUAAACUUGAUAUUACCAUAUCUUAUUUUUAUUUGGCCAAAAAAGAAAAAAUUUCUGGAGUAUCAUCUCUGAUUUUGAGUUAACCUCCUAAACACUUUUUUGGUUUUUAGAUUUAUGUGGGUUUUAGUUUUGAGGGCAUUUGAGUCUAUUUAACUGAGUUUUUGGCUAUUUUUGAUUUUUUUUUAUAAAAAUUAAUAUUUAUAAAAAUAGAGAAUAAAUUUUGGUUAGUUUUGAUAAAAACUUUUUUUUUAUUGAGGCGAAAGCAGUAUGUAACUUAACGUGACACAAAUUAUCAUAUUGGGGACUAUCUUACAAUGUAAAUUCACGAUAUUAAAAAAAUCAUCAUUAAUAUGAGAAAUCAAUCAUCUAUUUGAUUAUCAUCAUAAUCUUUUGUAGUAUUUUUAUCAAAUUAAUCGUGUGUAUCUAUUUAUUCAAUUAUAAUUAGAUGAUUUCUUCAUUUAUGAUUUGGCUCAUUUUUGUUAUAAAUGAUCUUAGGUAGGGCAUUGAAAAAUAAAUAAUUUGAAAUAUAAAUUACAUUCUUGAGUCUGUCUGAAAAAGAAUUCGAAUUGUGUUAAGUCACAUUUAAAAUGUAUUUGAAAAUUUCUUACAGGGAUGAUGAUGACUUCUUACCUAAGUAUUUAUUUAGCGGUAGAUAGAAACUCAAUUAGAUUAGGUCCAAUUCCAAACUUUCAUAAUUUGAUCACCCUAGUGGAGAGCUCGAUCGAUCCCAUUUUGAGUGCUCUAGAUAGUAGAGAGAUUAAAAUAAAAGGAAUGAGUUAUUUGCAUUUUUAUUUUUUUUUUUGCUUGGAAUUUAUAUUUGAUUCAUUGUUGAUGUCACAUCAAACCCUAUCCUCAACUUCCAUCUUCCUUUACAAAGACUCGGUUGAAUUGAGUUGAAACUUGACCCACAACCUGGCCACUCUUAAAUCCUGUUUGGUGGACCAGAAAGUGAACUAGGAAAAAGCAGCUUAACAGAGCAGACCAUCCGGCAUUUAACCAUACAUCAACACCUUCGAACGAUAUCGAUGGCUACCCAUAUUUUUCACGUUCAAAUGCCAGAUAGUACAGCUCAAAGCUAUGGGGGUGGUGAUCAAAUUCAAAACCAAGCUAACUAGGCUAGUUGGGUUUAAUUGAUAUGGAGAAAAUGAAGCUGUACGUCCUCUCAUUCAGCAGCAAUUGCAGUGUGGCUGUUUCACCCACAACCACCAACACAGUUGGCCAUUAAAUGCAUCCUCUAAUCUCUCUCUCUCUCUCUCUCUCUCUCUCUCUCUCUCUCUGUAAUUUUAUUUCAAAUCUUUUUAGUACCAUUUAUUGCCUUUGGAUCCAUUUCUAUAGAUCUUCACGUGUUGGUUGGAUCUCCUUUAUUAUUGCCGCUUCCCUUUUUGGUCUAAAAUCUCAUCACUCGCAAACCCACAAGGUUAAUUCUUUCUAUCUACACAGUUUCAAGCUUCAAUCUUUCAGACAGUUCCUCAUGUGCGCAUAAGGGUGGGAAUUAAAAUCAGGGGAGUUAUAAAAUGGGAACCAGAGAAAUUAAGUCACCUGAAGGAGGGCUAGUGACACCAGCUAGUUUAGAUGGAAAUCCUGACUCAAAUCACAGAAAGAAGCUUGGACUUUACUUCAUUGAAUCCGAUGACAGACGGACGGCUUUCGGACGGGGUUAUACUGGAGGAACUACACCAGUUAAUAUCCAUGGCAAACCUAUUGCUGAUCUUUCAAAAACGGGUGGUUGGAUUGCUGCCUUCUUCAUAUUCGGAAAUGAAAUGGCAGAGAGAAUGGCUUAUUUCGGUCUCUCAGUUAACAUGGUGGCCUUCAUGAUCUAUGUUAUGCAUAGGCCCUUCAGCAGUUCAUCAAAUGCGGUUAACAAUUUCCUUGGAAUAUCACAAGCUUCCUCUGUCCUUGGUGGGUUUCUGGCUGAUGCAUAUCUUGGCCGAUAUCGGACAAUAGCAAUCUUCACAACCAUAUACCUUGCGGGCUUGACAGGAAUAACCUUAUGUGCUACAAUGGACAUUUUGGCGCCAAAACAAGACCAUUGUGAUCAGCUGGCCCUCCUUUUGGGCGAGUGUGAGCCUGCAAAACCAUGGCAGAUGACGUACCUCUACACUGUUCUCUACAUAACUGGAUUUGGAGCUGCUGGUAUAAGGCCAUGCGUUUCUUCUUUUGGGGCAGACCAGUUUGAUGAAAGAAGUAAAGAUUAUAAGUCUCACCUGGAUAGGUUUUUCAACUUCUUUUACCUUUCUGUCACCACUGGGGCAAUUGUGGCCUUUACUGCGGUAGUCUAUAUCCAAAUCAAACUUGGUUGGGGAUUUGCCUUUGGGUCACUGGCAUUAGCUAUGGGCAUAUCAAACUUGGUAUUCUUUGUUGGUACCCCUCUAUACAGGCAUAGACUUCCAGGAGGCAGCCCUCUAACGCGCGUUGCUCAAGUUCUGGUGGCUGCAUACAGGAAAAGGAACGCGCCUUUUUCUAGCAGUGAGUUGAUAGGCUUGUAUGAGGUUCCUGGAAAACAAUCUGCUAUAAAGGGCAGUGGAAAGAUAGCUCACACCAACGAUUUUAGAUGUUUGGACAAAGCAGCUCUGCAGUUGAAGGAGGAUGGUGUAGACCCAAGUCCUUGGAGGCUUUGCACUGUGACUCAAGUAGAGGAAGUCAAGAUCCUUUUGAAACUUAUUCCAAUACCAGCUUGCACAAUAAUGCUGAGUGCAGUCUUGACAGAGUAUCUGACUCUCUCAGUCCAGCAGGCAUACACUUUAAACACCCAUAUGGGUCAACUUAAACUCCCAGUAACAUGCAUGCCAGUGUUUCCUGGCCUCAGCAUAUUUCUUAUACUGUCCCUCUAUUACUCUACAUUUGUCCCGCUGUCCCGGCGCAUCACCGGUCACCCUCAUGGAGCUUCUCAGCUUCAGAGAGUGGGCAUAGGCUUGGCAGUCUCAAUCCUAUCUGUGGCAUGGGCUGCAAUUUUCGAAAGGUACCGAAGAAAUUAUGCAAUAGAGCAUGGAUAUGAGGGUAGUUUCUUAAGUGCAAUGUCAGACUUCAGUGCAUUCUGGUUGUUGAUCCAAUAUUGCCUCAUUGGCAUAGCUGAAGUGUUUUGCGUAGUGGGGCUGCUAGAAUUUCUAUAUGAAGAAGCCCCAGAUGCCAUGAAAAGUAUAGGCUCCGCUUACGCUGCUCUAGCCGGGGGUUUAGGUUGCUUCGCAGCCAGUAUAUUGAACAGCAUCAUCAAAUCUGUCACAGGAAGCUCAGAGAAGCCAUCUUGGCUGUCCCAGAACAUUAACACUGGCAGAUUUGAUUAUUUUUACUGGCUGCUCACAGUUUUGAGUGUCAUCAAUUUCUGCGUUUUUCUAUAUUGCGCACGUAGGUACAAGUACAGGACAGAGCAGGGGGUUAAGAUGGAGAAGCAGAUUCUAGCCAACAUAAAAGAACAAUCCCUCAGUGGAUAGAUAGCAUUAAUGGGAUGAAAUGUCAUUUUCCCACUAUAUUCCUAGCUUUUAAUUUUGCUGCUUGUAAGAAAAAAAAACUCAGAUUUACAUGUAAGCAAGUGUUUAAGCAAGCAGGAAUUACAGUUUGUGUUUAGCAUCAUAGGUUGGUUAUUUGGCAACAAGUUGUACUUGCAUCUAUUUGUCACUAUGUCACCAAAAGGUUACUUGGCUUUCACAAAA